CAUUGCGCCCGAGCGCAUGUCGGUAUUUUCUGUCGCCGUGACCGAUCAUCCGAUAUUAGUCCACAGCACCGCACCUUUCGCCAAGCUCAUAUGAUGGAUCACGGCGCCGUAGUCCUCGACCCAGCACUACAAAGCGCUGAACCCUCGAGCGCCGCGAGUUCUGGCCUAGACGGCGCUCCUCCAACCUUUACGACGCAUGAUGACAACGACGAUAACGACGACAAUGACAACGACGGCAGCGGCGGUGGCGGCGGCGGGUGGCAAGGACAGGGACACCAUGGUCACCACCAGCAACAUUCGCCCGGAACGCCCAUCUCGGCUCACGGCGGCGGAUCCAGCGGCGAGACACCCCAUCACGAUGCGUUCCAUGGCGGGAACCUGGACGAUCCCAAGAGGCCGCGAGCCUGCGAGGCGUGCCGCGGCUUGAAAGUGCGAUGCGAGCCCGACGCCAACGACCCCGAUGGGCCGUGUAAGCGGUGCAAAAAGGCGGGGAGGAACUGCGUCGUGACGAUGCCGACGAGGAAAAGGCAGAAAAAGACGGAUAGCAGGGUUGCCGAGCUGGAGAAAAAGAUUGAUGCGUUGACGGCGAGCUUGCAGGCCCGCGGGAACUCGGCGACACCGUCGACAGCUGGCGCUGGCGGUGCCGCUGCCAGUGUGGCUAUGAGCGUGUCUGUCACAAAAGACGAUAAUCUGCACAAACAACGGGGUUGGGGCGACAACGGAAUGUCGCGGAAUUGGAAUACGGUUGCCAUUGCCGAGACGCCCGGUUCGGCCGCCGACGGGCUCGGGCUCGACUCGCAGGAACUCAAUGGCGGUGAUCGGGGCCGGUACGACACUAUGAUCCCGCCCGCGGCUGGGCAGAAGAGGAAGUUUGCGGACCGCGGGGAUACACCGGCCGACAUGACGGAGAGCGGUAACGGGGGCAGGCCAGCGCCUCCGAUACACAUGGGCAGCGAUUACGCCGACGUCGUGGAGCGCGGGAUCCUCAGCGCCGAAAAGGCCGCCGAGCUCUUCGAGCGGUACAACACGCACAUGAUGCCGCACAUGCCGGCGGUGGUGUUCGCCGCCGGCACGACGGCCGAGGAGACGCGGAGGUCCAAGCCGCUUCUGUUCUUGGCCAUCAUGUCGGCGGCGUCGUCCGAGUCGCCCAACGUGCAGCGCCGGCUGGUCAAAGAGCUGAUGCAGAUCUUUGCCGAGAAAAUCAUCAUCACGGGCGAGAAGAGCCUGGAGAUCGUGCAGGCGCUGCAGGUGGCCGUCAUCUGGUACUGGCCGCCCGAGCAUUUCGAGGAGCUCAAGUUCUACCAGCUCGUGCAUAUCGGCGCCGUCAUGGCGCUCGACAUCGGGUUGGGGCGGCGGACGGUCGGCAGGAAGAUGCAGAUUCCGUACCAGUGGCGCAACCACCCGUUCAGGCGCGCGCCGCCGCCGGACCCGUCCUCUAUCGAAUGCCGCCGCGCCUGGCUCGCGGCCUACUUCCUCGCCGCCAACACGUCGAUGGCGCUGCAUCGGCCGAACCUGGUACGGUGGACGUCCUUCAUGGCCGAAUCGAUGGAGGUGCUGCAGACGUCGGCCGACGCGGCGCCGACGGACAAGUACUUUUGUCACCUCGUGUGGACGCACCGGCUCGCCGAGGAGGUUGGCAUCCAGUUCUCCAUGGACGACCCGGCCGUCAUACCCAACAUCACGGAUUCGAGGACGCAGUACUCACUGAGGAUGCUGGAGCGCGAUUUGGAGAAGUAUACCGCCUCUGUGCCCAAGGAGGAGAUGCAGUCGACCCUCCGCAUGUCCUUUCACGUUCUCUCUCUCUACAUGCACGAGAUAGCCUUGCACACGAAAACUGACGACAUCCGCCCGCCGUUCGACACGGCGACCCUCAAAGACGGUAUGCUGGGCAGUCUCACCCUCACGACGUCCCAUAUCAACGCCCUCUCGGCGUGCCUGUCCGCCAUCGACGGCAUCUUCGACGCCUUCUUGGCGAUGGAGGUGCCCAGCAUCCGCUGCCUACCUGUCUUCAACUUCGUCCGCGUCGCCUAUGCCGUGGUUGUGCUCAUCAAGAUGUACUUCUCCGCUACGGCGCCCGGGUCCGAACUUGGCAGAGUGAUUGACAAGGAUAAUAUGAAGGUGGAGUCGUACCUCGACGCGCUGCUCGAGAAGUUCCGCGCUGCGGCAUCGGACGAUCGGAGUCGGCCAGCCGCCAAGUUCAUGGUGGUGCUGGUGAUGUUGAGGAGUUGGUUUCUGAAGCAGAGCAAAGGGCUCGCGACAGGUGGGCCGCCGGGGAGCGGUGGCCAGUCGGCUUUCGGAAGUGCUGCUACGCCUGGGGCAGCGAUGCCGACGUCGACAUCACAAGUUGAACAGGCCCCGGCAUCUACACAUACGUCACGGCCCAUAGAGCGGACACCCAUGGAGGACCAGCAGCGGGCAUUUCAGCCGGGACCACCACCCCCUAGAAUGCGGGAAUACCCCGCCGCUAACACGCCGUUGCACCUCCUUUCGGAGAUCGCGACAAACGACCACUCAGGCCGCGUGACGAACAAUAUGCUCUGGAACCCGCCCCCUUCGUCGGCGCGGCAGUCCUUCCUCUACGACCCUUGCGCCGUGACGCCCACGCCGCUUGACGGGUCAAGGGCUGGGCCGGACACGGCGUCUAGCGGCACUGUCGACCACCCCAGUGUCUCAUCCAACACGAAUCCGGGCAGCGCGGCGGCGUCGUGGACGAACUCGGCAUGGGCGGGCGACCUCCAGGACAUGGGCUUCGACGUAGGCUUCACCGAGGGGCUGUCACUCGAGGAGAUCACAACUGGGUUCGGCGCGAGCCCGGACAGCCUUAGCAACGGAAUGCGGUACGUCAUGGCCCAGGAUCCCUGGCUCAGCGGCAUCGGCGGGUUCGAGAACCUGUUUGAGGGGAUGCCGGGGGCGUCUGGGCCGCCCAUGUUCCCCAUGUGAGUGAGAAGAGCCGCCGGCUAGUUGUCCGCCACGCAACAAGAGAGAACCGGCGACGUUCUCUGGGAGGGUUCUUAUUGGCUUCUGGGCCCUCCGAACAUCCCGAGGGAAAGAGGAUUUGAGCCAGGGCCGGGACUUGGAACCGAGGCGCUCGGGAGUGCUGGGUGCUGACGGCCGGCUUCCGCGGACUAGGCUGAAGUCCAUACUUCCCUACCUGACCCAACAUCUCAUCCCCAAGCCGCUCGGGGACUUACCCCCAGCCCCCACAGGAUUUACAUUAAUACCCGAGAGACAUUUUGGCGCGCGGACGUCCCGAAGUCCCCUGCCCAUAUCGCCCAUUUCAAAAACUCACAUCUCGGCUCCUCGCCCAAAAACCCUUUUGUUUGCCAGGGGCAUACCGAAUCAAAAGAUAAUCUACUCACCUGCCAACCCACCUACCUGCCUUACUGGCACCAAUCUGCCCGAAGAUGUGAGAGAACAGAAGAGCCAAUGAAGAUGAGCAACUCCCAAAGCAGAAAUUCCAAGGGGAGGAAGAGGGGUGAAUUGGAAAAAGUUACUUUUCUGACAUCUCCCAAGGGUCCGUUUGGGAGUUGGGGGAGACAAGGAGGGGGGAGCCUCGGUCACGAGGGGUGCAGAACACGGAUGAAUCGCCGCCAUUGUAUCUAACAUAGACACGCAUGCCCUCUCGUCUCAAUACCCCCUUCCUCCUCCCCGUCCUCUCACAGGAGGAGACGGAGGAGAACAGCGUGGUCUAGACCGCAAACACACACGAAAAAGUGUAUUUACCUUUACCCGAUCCCCCUCGCGAGAGAGAGGGGGGGGGGGAUGGAUGGAGUGAUGGAUUCAUGGUUUGGAUCAUGGAUGGACGUGUUUGGUGUUUCUGCUGGAAGGA